AUGAGUUGGGAUCAACAGGCAUACAGCUUUGGGAAUCCAAACGCUCAACCCCUGACACCUACACGAACCCCAACGUCAGGCCAAUUCCCCAGCCCGACUGCCUUUCAAACACCAAAAAGGGGCUCCAACUUGGAAAGCCGUGGCGGAUGGACACCGACUUUUGCAGAAGAAUAUUCUGUCUUCAACGCAACGCCGGGCAGGCUCACCAGCUCGCAGUAUCAAUUUGCUGAAGCCUCUCCCCGGCCCUCAACUUCUUCUACUCAGAAAGGUAUUUCCGCAGGAGAUUUGGCAGCAGAGCUCAUAACCCAUGUGCACCACCUAUCUCCAAAAACCCAUCUCCCUCUCCCACCAGUCGACCCCUCCAACCAGCUGUCCUCUUCUCCAGGGCCACCCCCCGCCACAGAGGGUAGAUCCGAUGACAGCGUAAAUACGCUCGUAACACCAAGGAAGCCCAGAAAGCGAUUAGAAGGAGCCUUCAGCGCGCAGACCGCAACCCCCCCGGCAACAAGGUCCAGAGGGUUGAGGAAACAAGCCCCCAAGACAAGAUCAGAUACGAUGCAGAAUGCCUCCCAGGAUAGCCACUAUGGUGCCUCGCACACCCCAACACGCCAGCAGAGCCAUAUGUCCUUCCCCUCUAGCUCUGCUGAUUUCUUUUACCCUAUGUCGGCGCCAGCCUUCAUCAACAGCAAACCAUUUUGGGAGCCUGACGCAAGCAUGGGCGGCAUGGAUCUUGAUUUCAACACUGAAGAUGCGGUGAUGUUCAACAUGGGAUCGCAUAGGACGGGCAAUUCGUUCGAUUGGGGACGGAAUAACCAAAUGGUCAAUGUACCGGCGCCGACACCAAGCACUGUGAAGCGCCAAAGGCCAUUAGCGCCGAAGCUCCCCAAGUCCACACCAGAACUGCUCCCCUCGACCAUCGCGUCGUUCGACUUCCCCGACUUCUCUGCUUCGGAGGAUCCCUUCUCUCCUUCCGCUAUUGGAGGUGUCAAUCCAGGCCUUCUGUUCAGUCGCAACAACCUGGUGCCGAUGGCUUCGCAGUUUGCGGAUAUCCCGCUGCCCCCUACGCGGCCUGCAACAAGCCAUGCAGAGCAGCCGCAACCCUACCAACACCAAUUGCGAGAAUCGAUGCGCGAUCAAGAAGAGCUGCGUCGGUCUCGGUCUCGGAGUUCCCGGGAAAGCAGCAAGGCGCGACGGCUCGAACGAGGCCCGGCGAGCUCGCCCGUCAAAGGCUCAGCGCGGCCAAGUCUACAAAGAAGUAGCAGUGAGAGCAGGGGAAAGCGAUGUCAACCAGACCGUAUACUCUCGCGUAGUAGUAGUAGUAGCAGUGGCAGAAUUUCGCCAAUGAAGCAUCAGCGCCCUAGCAACCUCACCUCGAUUCCUGAGAUGGAACGACCUAAGACCCGGACGGAAGUGAAAUUUACCAUCGAUGCCAACGGACGAGCUAGGACUGAGACUGUGAUCUUACAAGAGUACCCUACGACCAGCCGAGGCCCUUCGGCGCGCAGCGAUAUCUGGGAAUCAUCCCAAUAUGACGAGUCUUCUUCAGACGACGAAUCAAUAUUGGUCGCCAGUCGAAACACCUCGUUUGCCCUUCCACAACAAGCAAAGUCGGCUAAGAUGUCAGGUUUCGAUUUACCCCAGAGCCUUGAGUACCAAAAGCACAGCUCUGGUGGCUACAGUCACUCCGAGUCUUCAAGCCAGAGAUCCUUACGCCAGGAUAGUGCUGGCAGUGAAUCUGGAACCGCAUUCAUGGAGGAAGAUGAUGGUUCGGGGGAUGCAGCACAAGCACUUCGUAAGAUUAUGGAAAGUCGCAAGAAAGAGCAAAGAAUAAUGCGGCAAUCUCAACAACUCCACCACCGCCAUUAUGACACUACUCCUCGGGGCAACUCUCAGUACAGAAACUACGGGUCUUCGAAUUUCUCUCCGACAUCUAUGACCGAUCCUAAUGCCGGAACCCCAUCAAGCUCGAAAAGUGGUACCAUUCGGUGCACCUGUGGCAAUCCUGAUAGUGAGGGCUUGAUGAUUCAAUGGUAUGCAGCAUUUUAUACUAGAGACGUCAUGGAACUGACCUUUGCAGUGAAUCUUGCGAUAACUGGCUUCACACCGAUUGUGUUGGCAUUGAUCCUAGGCAUCUCCCUGCUGUUUAUAUCUGCGCUUUCUGCGCUCAGACUCCUAAACUACGAGGAGGCCGGACUCGAGACUCCACCAAAGGAGCUGGCCGCAUGGGAGGCGGCUCGUCACCAUUGGCACAUAAAUCUUUCAAGUCGUUCAGGUGAAGGCUACCUUAUCCUUUCGAGUUCAAACGGUAUUCCCUAUACGGUCAAGGGAUUUCAACAAAAAAGCAACAGCUCCUGUCGGCUUCUAGCUAAAGACCAUCCCCAGGUUUCCAUCCUCGAACAACAAUUCAGUGGAUAUGUCAUGAGAAUAAUGUGUAAACGGAGACAACACGGACAUCAUCAAUGUCAUACUUUUCCCCUUUGCCCUGAUACCCUUCCUGAGUAG